AUGGCACGGUUCAUUACUCCCGAACGACAAAGAUACUGGCCACAAUAUGUGUCGGCAAUACUUUGGGCUGACCGGAUCACAGUAAGGUCGACGACAGGUCAUUCGCCCUAUUAUCUCGUAUAUGGGACGAACUGCGUUUUGCCGUUUGAUAUCGAAGAGGACACAUGGAUCGGUAUUUAUUGGGAUAAGAUCACGACGAUUGAGGAGCUUCUGACUGCGCGUGCCGCUCAGCUUCUCUAUAGCAGCAGAGUCCGCGAAAAGGCAGGGUUAGGUCUGGACGAUGCUCGCCUGGUAAACAAGGUUUAUUAUGACCGUCGCGCUCGUAUCCGUAAAGAACCAUUAGCAGAAGAUGAUCUGGUGCUACUUUCCAAUACUCGUUGGCGCAAGCGUGUUGCUGAUAAGUUCGUGAACCGUUGGACUGGGCCCUAUCGUAUCGCAGAGGUGUGCGGCCAGAAUGUUUACCGCAUUAAGGAACUCUCGGGAGAUGUUCGCAAGGACAAGAUCUCAGGGAAUAGGCUCAAGCGGUUCUUCAUGCGGUCGAAGUAUUCUCGUCCUGAGGACUUCGAGCCACCCCCGGCCCCUGUCAUGUCGUAA